ACGAGCUUCUGAAACUAGAGCUGAGUUCCUGCCGGCUCUCACAGUCUUUACUCACAGCGCUGUCUGGAAAGAUGGAGCUGUAUCUGGCCAUCCUCACCCUCGCUGUCUGUCUCUCAGCCGAUGCUCAGUUGAUACACAAAGAUUUCAAAAUUAACGGAUGUACGGACACAGAGAAAGAAUCUCUGUACGGAUCUGAUGGAGAAGAGAUAUGGCAUGCUGACUUUAUUCAGAACGUGGGAGUCAACACAUUACCAGAUUUCGCAGAUCCUUUGCGCUUUCCAGGAUUUUAUGAAUUAAGCAUUGCAGAACAAGAAACUUGCGAGCACAACUUAGCUGUGUGCAUUGAAGUGUACGAGAACCCGCCAGAGGAAAUGGACCCCCCCGAGACGUCCGUCUAUACGAAGAAUGAGGUUCAGCUGGGUGUUAAAAACUCCCUCGUCUGUCACGUCACAGGCUUCUUUCCUCCGCCUGUCAACAUGUCGUGGACUAAGAACAAUGUCAUUGUGACUGAAGGGGUGAGUGUGAGUCAGUACCGACCGAGGAGCGAUGGGACCUUCCACAUCUUCUCCUCUCUGGACAUUGUUCCUGAAGAGAAAGACAUCUACAGCUGUACGGUGGACCACAGGGCCCUCCAGGGACAAGCGCAGACCAAAAUAUGGGGUGUCCCGGAGACGACGGCCGUCCCGUCCGGACUGGGUCCGGCGGUCUUCUGUGGAGCGGGCUUCACUCUGGCGCUGCUGGGAGUAGCUACAGGGAUCUUCUUCUUCGUGAAAGGAGCUGCGACUGAUGACCAUGACGCAGCAAAAAAAGAAAAACGUUUCAUGCAGUGGACCUACCAAUAAAGACGGUCAGCGAUGGACAGCACUGCUGGUGUUGAAGAUCGAUAGAUACAACAGAUUACGACGAACUGCAAAAAAAAGAUUAGUAUUACCUGAUGAUCUCUAGUCGGUUGUAAUAAUUGAAGAGUUUGCCUGUGAUUUGAUCUGUAAUUUGUCAAGUAAAUUACCUACCAUAACA